AUGGUGAAGUGCUACAUGUUGGCUUCUAUGUCAAUAGUACUUCAACAUCAGCAUCAAGGCAUGAACACUGCUACUGAGAUUAUGAACAAUCUUAAUAACCUUUUUGGUACUCAGAAUCUAGCGGCUAAAUCUUUAGCCUUUCGGAGCAUCAUGACUAAGGUUAUGAAGGAGGCUAGCUAUCACCAGUUCAAGCUCAAUUUCGAGAUGAACAAGAGGGCUUACACUCUAGCUGAACUGUUGACUGAGUUACAGUCAGCGGAGGAUCUUAUGGUCCAGAUAAAGGCUGCUAUGAUGAGUUCUAGGCCGUCUUCCUCAGGCUCUAAGCUAGGUAAGGGGAAGAAGAAUGCCCAGAAUGUUGUAGCACCAAACAAAACUAAGGGCAAAAAGAAACGGGUGAACACGAACAAGAAGCAAAGUGGCAAGUGUUUCAAAUGCGGCGAAAAGGGGCAUUGGAAGCCGGAUUGUCCUAAAAAGGCCAAUGGCUCAGGUAACAAGGUAGUUGAAUGA